AUGUAUCGGACACAAUCCUCCUCGUCAUCGCGAUUUUCCGCAUUCCGAAAACCCCACGAAAUACUCUCCCCAUCACCCAUUUCACCUAGUCACUCCCGAGAGCGCAACCGAAGCAGCGGUGGAAGCUCUGUCGGCUCUCAGCAAGGGCAACCAAACCUUCUCGUUGAUGAAUCAGGCGACGAGGCCGACCGGGGCGGCCCUUCGAGAGUGAGAUCUGAAUCUCCGCCAUGGAACGAGCACAAUUCAAACCUGAUCCCAUUGCUACCUAUGAAUGAGAGCCGUGGCCUAUUGAGUAGGACACCAAGCCCGUAUCCUCCUACAAGGAGUGAUGAUUUAGAUAAGCUAGGCGAUGGGAGUAGUAGGGAGUGGAGGAUUGGUAUGGGGAGCGAAGGUAGGGCAAAAGAAACGGGAUGGAGGAGUUGGAUGAGAGAUGGAAAGCUGGGAAGGUGGUUAUGGAACACACAGAGAGGAUGGAUGGUAUACAUCGGGUUCUUGGUGAUAUUCUACAGCGCUGCAGGCUUCGGGUUAUCAGUUGUGAAUAAUUUUACCUUACUAAUUGGUGUCUAUAAAUUUGUCUACCCAAUUACAACUACCCUUUUCCAACUAGUCUUCACACAAAUAUUCCUUUACUUUGGCGCAUCUAUUACCCGGUCCUUUUCUCGCUCCCUUAACUCCCUCGGUCUCGCGCACAUAAUCGCGCCCACUUCUACUCCAUCGAAAGGAAAGCGCCGAGCUUCUGGAGGCGGACUACGCGAUUUUGCGCGCCGGUUGACCUGCGGUGAUCGCGAAGGCGGGGUGUUCGAGUUUAAAUGGGCAGAGGUCAGGAAAGUUAUCCCGCUCGCUGUGGUCCAUAGUCUUAAGGUUGUGUUGAGCAAUAUAUCAUUUGCCUAUACCCACCCGUCAAUCUACCACAUCUCCCGCGUUCCAUCGCUCAUUUUUGUCCUCAUGUUUACUGCAUGCUUCCUCAGAAACCAAGGUCUUUCUGUCACCACCCUCUCAUCAUGUAUAACCAUGACACUCUCGCUUGCUAUGGCGUGUCUCCGCCCCGGAACCCGCUUUGCAAUCGAAGGCUUUCUUGCCGGUAUAUUCUCCACUAUCUUCGUAGCUGCCUACCCAGUUCUUCUAUCAAAAACCUAUAAAUCGCUCCUUAAACCUUCCGGCAACGACGACCUUCUGGGCGUAGGUGUCGAAACCGAAGGAAAAGAUGAAACCAGGACAGCAUGGAAACUGCUGCACUACACAAAUUUUAUCAGUAUUCUUGUGGUUUUGCCGUGGGUUUUCCUGUCUGGAGAUUGGGGCGAUAUUAGCAGGAAUUGCUAUAUUUUGGAUGUUCCAUGGUUUUGGCUAUUGGUUGUAUUUAGCGGUAUUGGUGCAUGGGGCACCUUUGUGGGUGGCUUUCUGCUUGUGAAGGCAACAACACCUUUAACAAUGGUAGUAUCAACCUAUCCACGUACAGCGCUACAAACGCUAUUUAUGCCUCCUAAUCUUCCCACGUGGAGUUGGGUGGGAGUUUUGACAUGCUGGGGAAGCUCGAUAUGGUAUUUGCUCGGUAGGAGAAAGGAGUGUGGCGUGAGCUUCUUUAAUACUGUGGAUGGGGAUGAACCAAUCCAGGUUACCAGGGGAAGAGCCAGGGGUAACAGUUCAUUGUGA